AUGUCUGCGCCUGGCGGGGCCCCGAGCCCUGCUCCGCGAAGUGGGAGUAUGGGCCCCGGUGCUGGUGUACCGAUGCCUUCCCAUCAACAGCAGAUGGCUUCAACACCUGUUGGAGCGCCAACCCCGGGUCCUGCUCCACCACCCAGCGGAGCGAUGUCGCAACAGAACCUGAACCAAAUUGUCAUCGACUAUCUCGCUAAGAAGGGAUACAGUCGGACAGAGGCCAUGCUUCGUAUGGAGUCUGCCAAUCAAGAGAUAGAUGGCCGGCCCUUGCCUCCCUUGGGAGAAGAUGCUCGUCCUAAGUACAGGACUGGUUUUGAUUUACUCAAGGUCUGGGUUGAGGAUAAUCUAGACUUGUAUAAGCCGGAACUAAGACGUGUUCUGUGGCCGCUUUUUGUUUAUUCUUUCUUGAAUAUGGUGACCUCUUCAUACACACCAGAAGCUAAGCAGUUCUUUGAAGCCAACAAAAAUCUAUUCUUGCCAGAGCAUAUGGAGGAUGUGCGGGUCUUGGAGCCUAUCAGUCUACCCGAGCACGUACAAGAUAAUUCGAUUGCCAAGUUAUACCGUGGCAACAAGUAUCGCCUAGUGCUCAGCAAUCCUGCGUUUGGCAGCUUGAUGCAAUUUCUUGAAAGCAAACAGAAGGAAGGUGGUUCGGUCAUGUCGGCGAUCUUAAGCAGCUUUUGCACCAUUAUCACCAAAGAGCGGGCCGCCGAUGAUAGGUUCAGCUUUGCGGCGAUGCUCACCCAAGCUGGUAUGGGACAGAGCGUCCCCACCGAAGACGAGGGUAUUCCGGGUCACCACCCUGGCUCUGCAUACACCGGCGAUAAUCCUGCGAUGGCUGGUACUUUGCCUCGACUCAAACUAGCGAAACUUUCCAUGGAGCAGGAUCUCGAAGGUGAUGUGCGUGCGGAGCUCGCAGACGAAGACGCAAAGAUUCCCCCAGCACCUGGUCAAAACACCUUAGUACAGGAGCUUGACCAAAUGAUCAAAAAAGAGGAUGACGAUGAAGCUCCGACUCGCGCCGAUAUUCCAUACCCUCCGUCGACUGCCCGCGAUGUGGCCAUCGAGGUGCAGAAAGUCAAAGAGAACCGUGAUAGGUUCCGAAUUGAAUCUAGGACCGGGGGUGUCGGUCCUGCCGUUAGUGUCUGCAUGUUCACUUUUCACAACACCUAUGAUGGGGUCAAUUGUCUAGAUUUUUCGGACGAUAAUCUACUCGUUGCAGCUGGUAUGCAAGAGUCAUACAUCCGUGUUUGGAGUCUAGACGGAAAGAAGAUCACCUCAGCAGAUGACAGGGUGGACGACCACCCAACGAAUUCGCGCCGUCUAAUCGGACACUCAGCGCCAAUAUACGCAGUCUCUUUUGCCCCAUCCGCAACUCCCAGCGAAAAUGCCGUGGCGCCAACAAAUGCCCGCUGGUUGCUUUCAUCCUCUGCAGACAGAACCAUUCGACUCUGGUCCCUCGACCUAUGGCAAUGUAUGGUUGUGUACAAGGGCCAUGAUCAACCAGUAUGGGAUCUCCAAUGGGGUCCCUUCGGCCACUACUUCGUUUCUGGAGGUCACGACAAGACAGCCCGUCUCUGGGUAACAGACCAUAUUCGUCAACAACGCAUUUUUGUCGGUCACGAUGAUGACGUUGACUGCGUCUGCUUUCAUCCAAACUCUGCUUAUAUUUUCACCGGUAGCUCCGACCAUACAGUGCGCAUGUGGGCCGUAACAACAGGUAAUGCAGUCCGCAUGUUCACCGGUCACACUGGCAACAUCACAGCGCUUGCUUGUAGCCGUGACGGCAGAACCCUCGCAUCAGCAGACGACCACGGUUCCAUCUUGCUAUGGGACCUAGGACCCGGCCGCCUCCUCAAACGCAUGCGCGGCCACGGGAAGGGAGGCAUCUGGUCCCUCAGCUGGAGCGUAGAAUCGAACGUUCUCGUCUCCGGCGGCGCAGACGGCACAGUCCGCGUAUGGGAUGUCACUGGCCCAGCUCAAGACUCAUCGCAGGGUCGAGUCGUCGGGGAAGGCGGCGCAGGCACGAAGAUCGAUGGGGCCUCCAGCUCCGCGAAUGCCACACAGACGUCAAGCACCGUCGGCCCCGGGAUGGGCCACGGAAAGAAAAAGGGUAAAGAUGUUGUCGUCUCGCCGGACCAGAUCAGUGCUUUCCCAGCCAAGAAGAGUCCCGUGUAUAAGGUGAAAUUCACCAACAUGAACUUGAUUAUUGCUGGUGGCGCUUAUCUUCCUUGA